CCUCAGCUGAUCCUCACGCCGACAACAUGAAGUUCACUCUCGUCAUCUGCCUGGUCGCCCUGGCCUCCGCUGCCCCUGAUAAAGAUGCCCAUACCCUCGUAGACGAGCGAAGCGACUCCGGCGACGGCAAUUUUCACUACAACUUCGAAACCAGCAACGGAAUCGCCGCCGAGAAGACCGGCACCCCAGGCUCAGAGGGCCAGAGCAACAUGAAGGGCUCCUUCAGGUUUACCCUCCCCGACGGCACCCCCGCUGAGGUCACCUACAUCGCUGACGAGAACGGCUACCAGCCCAGUUCCGACUUGCUGCCCGUCCCCCCAGCCCUCCCCCCCCACGUUCACGAGCUCCUCCGCAUCGCUGAGGAUCAGCGCGCUCGAGGCAUCACCUUCGAGAAAUAAGUAGAAGGUCGACCCACUCCUCGACUUACAUGUUACUGACCUUCCUGUAUAUAGCGAACUCGUGAGGGCAACUAUUUGGGGUAUCCUCUGACACACCAGACCCUGAACACACUUCAUCCUUCUCAUUCGUGUACAAUAAAUGUAAUAUUUGCA